AUGGAAGCAUUAAAGAUAAGAUAUGAAUAUUUGAAUAAUAACAAUAGAAAUCUAAGGAUUCCGAAUAUGGUAGGUGGCCCACUCAUAAUGACUAGGCGUUUGGAUCCAUCUAUUCAAUGA